AUGAGACUUUUCCUUUCCGUAUUUGCAGCUUGUUUUGCCGCCGUCCAUGCGGAUAUUUGGAAGCUUUCGGGGAGGGUGUUCGUUCCCUAUAUUCCUGAAUUUACCGGAAGGUAUAAAGUGGUAAGAGUUUUUGCCCUGAUGUUGACACUUUUUUGGCUGAUAACUCCGCAAAAUAGUAGGCUAAAUUUCGUAGCAGCUUAGUUUUUUGGUAUUCUGUUAUACUCAGUUUUGCACUUGUCAUUUUCUAUUAUACUACUCACGUACAAUGAAACCUGUCUAUCAGUCUGUCGAGGAAAUAAUGAGCACUCUGUUGCAUUCAAAACGGCUUCGUUGCGGAGAAAAUGAAUUAUGUCGCGGCCAGGUCCAUGGGCCUGACAAAUUUUAUGAAACGGGCCAAACCUGAAAUUUUCAAAAAGAGGCCCGCCUGCUACCCCGGUGCCUCGCACUUGGACUACUUCCCCUGUCUAUUGCUAGUAGGAACCAUUGCUUCUAUCAGUCCGUCGGGAAAAUAAUGAGGACUCUGUCGCAUCGAAAAUCGUAUCGCCGCCGAGAAAAUUAGUCUUGUCGCGGCAAAAUCAAACUGUUUUUCACAUCAGCGACGCGAUUGGCGCAGCGACAUUUCGAUCAUUAUUUUCCCGACAAACUGAAAUAACGGACAAUUUCGGAGCACCCAAAAGUCGACCUUGCGCCAAAUUGAAACCCCUUUUUUAGCGAGUUGAGCUUAUUUCCGGCGGCCUCUGGGACAGCAUUUGCGGAGAUGCGAUUGCUCAAGUCGAUGGCGCCUUCCACAUCGUCUGCCAAGCUCCUUUCCACGUCUUCUUUUGGAGGAAUUUAGCCAUGCAAGUUAAGAUUAACGUUGUAUAAUUGCUUUUAACGAAUUUUAGUUACCAUCGAUUCCGCGAAAAUAAAUGCUAUCGAGCCUACCAUAAGAACAUUUACGAUGGGGACGUUGUGAAUGCGCUGGAGGAUGAUCAACCAGAACUUGACGAUAGUAAAUGUCCAAGAGAUUUUUACAAUCACAGUAAUCAGCCACUCAAUUAUCGUUAA